AUGGAACCAAUUCUAGCCAUUGUUGCCCUAAUCUUCCUCUACCAUCUAUGGAGAAGAACAAGAUCCAUAACUCACUACAACACUAAACCCAUUAAAUCCCAAGCCCCUCAACCAUCUGGUGCUUUACCCAUUAUUGGUCACCUCCUUCUUCUAAGACCUCAACUUCCCCUAGCCCGAACACUUAGCGCGAUCGCCGAUAAAUACGGCCCGGCAGUAACGCUUCGUCUCGGCGUACACCAAGCCCUUCUCAUCAGUGGCCCUGAAGUGAUCAAAGAGUGUUUCACUACUCAAGACAAGUUCUUAGCCUCAAGACCACUAGUAGCUGCAGGGAAGUACUUAGGCUACAACUAUGCUGUCUUUGGGUUUGCACCUCAAGGACCUUAUUGGCGUGAGCUUAAGAAGAUAAGCACUCUUGAGCUUCUUUCCAAAACCCGGCUUGACAUACUCAAGCAUGUAAGAACCAAUGAAAUUAACACGUGCAUUAAAGAGUUAUAUUCUCAUUGGACCAUGAACAAAGGUGCAGGUGCAGGACCAGUCAUGGUGGAGAUGAAUAAAUGGUUUCGUCGCCUUACUUUCAAUACAAUUACUAAGCUUAUUGCUGGGAAACGUUAUUUUGGUACUAUAGAUGUUACCGGAGAUGAUGAAGAAGCUAGAAGAUUCGAGAAAGGUCUCGAUGAAUUCGCGCAUUUAACGGCGAUUUUCGUUGUAUCAGAUGCAUUGCCUUAUCUUGAAUGGAUGGAUUUGCAAGGACAUUUGAAAGCUAUGAAAAGAGUUGCUAAGGAAAUGGAUUGUUUAAUUGGGAAUUGGUUGGAAGAUCAUUGUGGAAAGGAGAAAUUGAAAAUAGCAGGUGAAGGUGAUGUUCAUGAACAGGAGGACUUCAUAGAUGUGAUGCUUUCAACGUUUCCUGAUAAGGAGAAGUUAAUAUAUGGUUAUGAGCGUGAUACAGUUAUCAAGGCAACUGUUCUGGUACUUAUUGUAGGUGGCUCAGAAUCUACAUUCCACUCCUUAACAUGGGCACUUUCCUUACUAUUAAACCAUCCCCAUGAGUUAAAAAGAGCCCAAGAUGAGUUAGAUAUCCAUGUUGGCAAAGAUAGAAAUGUGGACGAGUCAGAUAUAAAGAACCUUGUGUACCUCCAAGCCAUUGCCAAGGAAACAUUUCGCCUAUACCCACCUGGACCUGUAUUGCCUCGUCAAGCCAUGGAAGAUUGCCAAUUAGGUGGAUAUCAUGUUCCCAAAGGCACACGUUUGCUUGUGAACAUAUGGAAACUACAUAGAAACCCUAAUGUGUGGUCAGACCCAGAUGAGUUUCGGCCUCAGAGAUUUCUCACAACCCAUUCUAAUGUAGACUUCAAGGCUCAACAAUAUGAGUAUCUCCCAUUCAGUGCUGGUAGAAGACCAUGCCCUGGUAUUGCUUUGGCCACACAAGUCUUUCACUUGGUUCUUGCUCGUGUUCUUCAUGGGUUUGAUGUAGUGAACCCUUUGACUGCACCAGUGGAUAUGGGUGAAGGUGUAAGCAUCACUUUACCCAAAGCAAACCCUCUUCGAGUUCUUCUCACCCCACGUCUUCCUUCUAAGCUAUAUUAA